AUGUACAAAGCUUUCAGCAAACCUCGAGUAUUGAUUCGAAGAAGGCCAUCAACAUCGGAAACUACAAACACGAUUAAAGAACAACAACGGAAAUGUGCUGAGCCAGAAUCCAAAUUACUGUCAAAGAGAAAGCUAGCCAUGUCCGAGUCAAAGAAACCCCAAAAUCCUUCUAUCGGGAUCAACUUUUAA